UGUGUGAGAUAGAGAGAGAGAGAAAGACAGGAGGUGACGACGGAAGUGGAAAGUUGAUAUAAUAAAAAUAAAUAUAAAAACUAAUCGACAAAUGAACAGCAAAAACGGGAAAGCAAAACCUUUGUCAGUUGUGUCUGGACAGAGUGUGCUUGUGUCAACAUAUUUACUUUUAAAGCAAGGAUAACGAUGGAAAUGAGGUUGUUGUCGAAGCCUGGCAUGACCAACUCAAGUGACCCCUGACUGACGGACAGUCAAAUGGGUUUUGCUGGUUAAUUAAAUUUAUUAAUUAACUUUUUGGUCAGAAGUUUCGCUGGUCGGGUCACAUUUCAAGCUAUAUACACUUAACUGGUUCCUCCCUUCUCUGUCUCUCACCAAGCUAACCUCUGACUAUAUUUCAUAUAUAUUAUUAUUACUCCGGAGCUGAGUUACUGAACAACUUUCUUCCUUCUACACCACUUACAAAUUACAACAAGACAUUCUUCGUUUGAGUUCUGCGGCGGCGAUUUUUUUACCCUUUUUUCUGAAUACUUUGUACACCACUUCGUGAAUAUGAAGACACUGCAAGUGAGAGAGAAAAACUGUCCAAACCGGUUGUGAAUUUAGUAAGCGUGCACGGAUAAUUUGAACUUUGAAAAAAGACUUUGAUGAUUUCUAAAUUGUGAAUUGAAAAAAAAACAUGGAAGGAAGUGUGUUGCCCAGUUCGCUGCUGCUCAAGUCCCAUGAAGCCGGAAGUGACGUGGUCGAUAUGGACCCUUAUUGGAAAGAGUUCCACGAUAUACGACAAAGCAAGGAAUCAAUUGGUACAGAAGACAGUGAAGAUGACUUAUCCAAGACACCUGAUGAAGGAGAAAUAGAAGCAGAACAGUUAACCAAAAUUGGACUUGGACCCAUGAUAUCUCACUUUACUGCCACUACAAGUUCAGAAUCGGUUGAUUUAAAACAUGAUGAAGAAGCUGAACUCAUGCUUUCCUCCCUUACCAUACAACAGAGAGACACUGUCCAGCGAUGGGUUGACACACUGAGCAGAAAAAAAGCUGCAAAAACACAUGUAAAAUACAUUUUCCCUAAUAAUGAUAUGCCCCCAAAUCAAUCUCCCCCAAGUAGUCCUACUGACCAACCUGGAGGUCUUCAUGGUUUUGCUUCGGGGAAUCGCAACAAUAAUUCAGUCCUAGAUUCAUCGAAGCAGCGUCCUGACAACCGACAUCGUUAUUUCCACAGGAAAUGCGUUUAUUCCAUGGAUGGAAACCCAGAUGAUUUCGAAAUUGCAAAUGGUGCAGCUACAGGAAUUGAGAUGUUGAGCAUCAAUCCAAAACAAACGUGGAAUAAAUGGGCAGGGAAUCACGUCAUUGGUAAAGUCAAUUCUCUGGCCUUUAUUCCAGAGCAUGAUAACACUUGGUUUAUGGAAGACAAGUCUUCAACACAAGCUUUGGAUCCUGAUUCGGAAGUCAAGUUAAUUAACUUUAUACUAGAGAAUCGUGAAGAAGGUCAUACCACUCUGAGUGAUCUGAGCUCUGGUGAUCUUUCAAGAUUGCAAUGUCUUGCUGUCAUUGAAUUGUCCAUGCUGUUUGAACACUAUGGCAUCCAGGAUUGCCAGAGAAAAGGGAAAAAAACAACACGAGCUGGAAAUAAACAGACCCAUCAUAAAAAACCCAACACCCAAAGUGGGGAAAAGCGUAUAAUUGACCUCAUUGCUGUACACCCAGCAACAAUGCUGUCACCUUGUCCAGAAAUACCAGAUCAUGGAGUGUUUGGUGUUGCUUUGCAAACACAGUUGGAAAAUGACCAGAAGCGAUAUCCACACUUAGCAGUGCCUUUAUUCUUCCAGCAGUUGAUAGAUUUUCUAACAAUCUAUGGUGUCCAUGUUGAAGGAAUCCUUAGAAUACCAGGAGCCACCAGCAGAAUUAAGAUUCUUCGGAAUGACUUGGAAGAACAGUUCUAUCAAGGGAGAUUUGAUUGGAGGAAUAUGUUACCGAAUGAUGCUUCUGCUCUCCUGAAACAGUUUCUUCGAGAUUUACCAGAUCCACUCCUCACAAACAAAUAUCGGGAAUCUUUUGUUAAUGUACAAUUCAUCCCCAACCUCCGGGAUCAACUGAAAGCUCUGAAUCUCCUGUUCAUGGUCUUACCUGAUGCUCACAGAAACUCACUUAUGAUUUUAUUAAGAUUCCUGAAGAACGUCAUAUAUUACCAAAAUGAAAACAAAAUGACUUUGUCAAAUGUUGCAAUGAUUAUGGCACCAAAUCUCUUCCUCUCUUCAUCAUCAAAAAAAUUAAAGAAUUUCAAAGACUGGGAAAUUUCAAUAGCUGUGCCUGCCUACAUUAUCAAAUUGAUGGUCAAUUAUAUUGAUAUUUUAUGGACAAUCCCUCCAUCAAUGAUCCAGCAAUUGAGACGCCGUUAUGAAUUGGAAAUAACCAGAAAAUCUAGGAGAUUAAAAAUACCUGGCAAGAAAGAACCAGUGAAAAAAACUCAUUUGUCUGAGUCACCUGACCAAUUAGAUAAUAUGAUUGACAUUCAAGUGCCUCAUUUAUCAAAAUCAACAAGAAUACAACUCUUUGAGGCUUUGGUUGUGGAAGAUAUUCUAUUCCAUGUGCAGAAAAUGGAACAUCAUUUUAAUGAGAACAAAAGUGAUUCUUACCAAAAAUGGCAAAACCAGCUUCACCACAGUCAUCAUCAUCAUCAUCAUCACCAUCAGCAACAGCAGCCUCCUCAACUUUACCUUUAUGAAGUUGGCGGCAACAUUGGAGAGCGAUGUCUUAAGUCUAAUGCCUCAGUAACAGCAAUACACCGAAUAAACCCUGGUGCUGAAUGGGUGAUAAGAAAAAGAUGAAUUGGCAGCAUUCUCCACUGCAAAUGACCAAUUUCCAUAAACACCAAACUCUGAAAUUUGUGUUUAACUAAAUUAUUUUGUAUGGGCCACUGUUUAAGUUGAUAUAUAUUAUAACAAGUGUCUGAAUGCGUUUUGUGUGUGCAUGCUUGCAUACAAAGAUACCUGUAUGCAUAAGUGUGUUUCCGUGCGUGUGUGUAUAAUUCAUACACUCUCUCUCAGAAAGAGAAUGAUGGGUGAAUGGACAGAUAUAGAUAGAUACACACAAACACACACACCAUGACAUAUGCCAAUAUGUAUGUAUGUAUAUAUAUAUAUAUAUAUAUAUUACUCUUUUGUGUGUUUGUACACAUAUAUAUGCAAACAUGUAUUUAU